UGGGAAGGGAAUGAGCGUAUGUUCCUUCCUGGCUUAGGUUGACCAGUCCUUGGGGAAUCUUACCCGUCAUUGGCUAACCAGGUCUCGAUGACUUAGGGCGGUUCCUGACAUCCAUAUAGGAGUCGGAAAGUUCUCCGGUUUCAAGACGGUGAUGGUGAACCUGAAUGGGUUUGGCCAAAAUACUGUCUAUCUGAUCUUUUACAAAGGUCGUUAACCUCCAAAAAGCCCAAGGCCCGAAAGCACAAGGGCAAUUGGGAGUCCCAGCAGGGGAAGAAGAAAAGGGAGGACUCCAUGCAGCCCACUCCAGAGGGGGUUAUCGAAGAGUUCUUUUCGCCGGUUCACAAGGUCUUCUUGAAGCUUCCGUAUCUUAUCACACACGAUCCCUGAUUAAUUGGCAUAGAAACAGCAGCGUUCCUGUAGGGCUAAACAUAUACCUCCUUGUUCUGCGGGGAGAAAGUCUAGGCCUCGUCUAUUUUGCAAGACCACCUCCGCCAGACUACCAAUCUGAUCCCGAAGAUCAUUAAUAGUACUGGAAAGGGCCUGGACAUUGUCAAUCAAUUGGUCGGAAAGUUUAGCGUAGGAAUGAAUGACUCCAAGUCCUGCUGAGCCUACAGCUCCCGUUAUUCUAAGACCGACAAGUAAUGGAAUCAGGAGAGCAGCUCUUUUCCUUCGGCCUCCUACAUAAUCCAGGCUCGGGAAAGGGGGACUGGGUCGUCCCCGGGAAUGAUAUCGAGGUCAGGGAGGACAGUGGUGUGGACACUGGAAUUGACUGGAAGGGCCGUGAAGGCUAGGUUUCCUCCGCACACGAACACCUGUCCAGGAGCAGGGCAGAGGGGAGAAGCGAGCAAUUGUGGAGGAGAAGAGGAAGCGUCAGGGGAAGUGGCGGAGGAAGAGCAUUCAGUAAAGAGUCUACCUGUUCCUCCCCCCAAAGCUCCUAUCUAACCUUCUGUACCCCUUCCAGAGACCAUGCUGCUAUUUCUUAACCUCUUGCUAGAGCUGGCCCGGAUUCUGGCUGCAGAUGGGGGUUCACACUGGACGUACGAAGGCGCACAUGGUCAGGACCAUUGGCCAGCCACUUAUCCUGAAUGUGGGAGCAAUGCCCAGUCUCCUAUCGACAUACAAACUGAAAGAGUGACAUUUGAUUCAGAGCUGCCUGUCCUGAAGCCCCAUGGUUAUGACCAGCCUGGCCCAGAGCCCCUCUCUCUGCACAACAAUGGACAUACAGUGCAACUGUCCCUGCCCCCCACUCUAAACCUGGAGGGGCUCCCCCGAAAUUACGUAGCAGCCCAGCUCCACCUGCACUGGGGCCGAAAAGGGCAGCCAGGGGGGUCAGAGCACCAGGUCAACAGUGAAGCCACAGCUGCAGAGCUCCAUAUUGUCCACUAUGAUGCUGAUUCUUUUAACAACCUGAAUGAAGCUGCUCAAAAGCCUCAGGGACUAGCAGUUCUGGGCAUCCUCAUUGAGGUAGGUGAGAACCACAGCCCAGCUUAUGAACACAUCUUGAGUCACUUGGAAAAAAUCAGGUAUAAAGGUCAGACCACCUUGGUGUCAGCCUUUGAUGUGGGAGGACUGCUUCCUCCAGAGCUGGGGGAAUACUACAGGUACAAUGGCUCACUCACUACUCCUCCUUGCUACCAGAGCGUCCUCUGGACUGUCUUCCACAGAAAGGCUCAGAUUUCUAUGGAGCAGUUGGAAAAGCUACAGAAGACUUUAUUCUCCACAGAGGAGAGUGGACCCUCAAAGUUACUGGUCCAGAACUACAGAGCCCCUCAACCCCUCAACCAUCGACUGGUUCUUGCCUCUUUCAUCCCAGAAGGAGCCUUUUAUUCCACAGGUGAAAUGGUGGGUCUAGGGCUGGCGAUCUUGUUCGGCUGUCUCUGUCUCUUGCUUGCUGGUUACUUCAUUGCCAGGAAAAUUCGGAGGAAAAGGCUGGGAGAACAGAAGAGUGUGGUCUUCACUUCAUCCCGACGGGCUACCUCGGAGGAGUAGAAACCUUCCCACAAAUCCCUCACCUUCCAACAAGCUUGGAGAAUUCAGUGCUGGGACUCGGCAGACAAUAGCUGUAGCAGUGACCGCUGAAUGUCCCUGCCUCCUCCUGAUACCUCCUUAGGGAACAAGACUAGACUCUGAAGAAAAAUAGCUUGGAAAGCUUUUACCACCAAAGGAAAGGUGGGAAGUCAGAGGAUGUUUUUAUGAAUAGGACAAUGUUUUGUCCUAGAAGGAGAAUCAGUCGUAUUCAAGAAUUUCCUCUCCAGGGGAGACAGUAUAGACAGUCCCUUGGAAAAAGGGUUGCUGGAAAAGGGGUUCACUGAUCCACAUUCUGAAUGUUUUGGAAAUAAAACAUUUUUGACGAUAA